AUGAAGAUUGCUGUGUUUGGUGCAACAGGACGUACUGGUGUUUUAUUUGUACAUCAAGCUGUUCAAGAAAAUCUCUAUGUGAAACUCUACUGUCGUCCACAAUCUCUCUCAAAACUUGGUUCAUUAAAAUCAAAUGAAUUUGUCGAAAUUAUCGAAGGUGAAUUCGAUGAUGAUUUUACUCCUGUAAUUCAAGGAGUAGAUGUAGUUUUAAGCUUUCUUGGACCGGGAUUUUCUUGGCCGUCGAACAAUCCUUUAGAGAAGGUGAUGAUCAAAAUCAUGGAAACGAUGAGAAAAGAACGAGUAACAAGAUUUCUUACAAUGGGAACAGGAUCUAUUACUGAUUCUCUUGAUCGAAAUUGGUACAAGAUGAGAACUUGCGUAUUUAUCGUAUCUUCUUUUGCUCGCAAUGCGUAUAAUGAUAUCGUUGCCGUGGGUAACUUAUUUAAAAGUGGACAAUACGAUGAUUUAAAAUGGACUAUUGUACGUGUUGGUAUAUUGAAGAAUGCAAAUGAACCUACGGGAAGAAUUCAUGUCGGAUAUAUUGGUGAUGAUGAAGCUUCAAUAUUUACUGAAAGAGCAGAUUGGGCAAAAUUUGUUCUUACAGAAAUUUCAGAAGAAAAAUGGAUUAGAAAGUUACCGUAUCUUUCGUCUGUUUGA